AUGAACGGACGGACACCUUUUAGUACUGUUGGCCAUGUUGAUGCUGCUGGAUACUACUGGACAAUUCCAGAAUUCACAAUGAUAGCACACAAGAAAAGAAUAAUAAGCCCUUGCUUUAAUAUCAACGGGUGUACAUGGUUUAUAUCUAGCCUCGAAAUUUUUGUUUGCUUGAAAGAAGCAAAUAUUUCAAGAAGCUCUUCAGAUCAAAAGAGAGUUGUUCAGGCAACUGUUUCAAUCGAACAUGCUAAUCUACACUCGUGUGUUUAUGAUCCAAAGAUAACUAAAGAGAUGGAUGAAAUAAUGGACUCAUUCGAUGAGCGUGGGUGGGUUAGUUUUAUAGCACUCAAAGACAUCACUCCUUACCUGAUUAAGAGUCAGCUGGUUAUAUCCAUCCGCAUAAAGAAAGAGACAGAAAAUCUGCUCACCAUUUCGCCGGAUAUACCUAGAAAUCUUGUGCCAAAGCUAGAACAUUUUGCUGGAUCACCUGAAUUUCAUGAUGUUAUUAUUCGCGUUAUCAACUGUCCUAAAAAAGAAAGCGAUGAACCAAGCACAAGUACUGUAAUAUCUAAAAAACACAAACAUAAAAUUGACUCCAAAGGAAAAGAUACUACCCCGAUAGAGCGAUUAUUCUAUGGCCACAAAGUUGUUCUUGCAUCGGCAUCAGUAUGGUUCAAAAAUCUGUUCACAAGUGGUAUGAGCGAAUCUUCUGGACAUGAAAUCACCAUUCGCGAAACAGACCCGGGAGUAUUUGAGAAGAUACUUAUGCUCAUCUAUACGUCGAACUUUGAGGCACAGGAUGUGUUUGAAGCCCUGUCUAUAUCAAAAGCUGCCGAUGAAUUCCAACUUCACGACAUAUGUAACCAGGCUUUUUCUUACCUACAGACGCAAGUUACACGCGAAAAUCUAUGGCUGAUAUGGAAUCAUGCAGAGCUUCUUGAGAAUGAAGACGUUCAAAAUUUCUGUCAGAACUAUUUGAGAAGAAAUUGUAUCGCUUGUCUCCAAAGCUCAGCCUGGGAAGACCUAGAAGCUCUAUGGGCAAUAAGAACACUCCAGAUUGACAAACUUACCUCAAAUGUCAAGGAAGUCGAUUUCUACCGUGCUGCUCUCAGAUGGAGAGACAAUAAACAACAUUAUCUAGCAGCAAAGAAUGAAUCAGGCGAUAGAUCUGGCUUAAGAUUGAGAAAGCGAGCCUUCCAGCAACUAAGAGAUUGUGAAGAUGAAAGACAAAUUAAUGAUGAUUUCUCCAAAAUGAUACACUGCAUACGAUUCCCGCAGAUGGACAUGCAGUAUCUGGUAACAAAUGUAGAAACUGAUGUUCCUGUGAUGAAUGUUUCAGGGAUUAACGAAUUGGCAAGUAUAUACUACUUUUUUUCUUCUUAUGAUUCAUUAAUUAUCAAUUAA